CCCCACGGCGCCCUAUAAAUGUGGUGGGGCUGCGCAUCCGCCCCACGUCCCGCCGUGGGGCAGAGAGAGAGAGAGGUUCCCUUCAUCUCCCAGCUCAGACCCACAGAUCGCAGGAUGGCCUCAGGGGCACUGGCAGGGCUGGGGGCGGCCGCCCCCUUCCUGCGGCAGGCGGAGGCGCAGCCCCGGCCCUUCGACCCCCGCGCCGAGUGCUUCGUGCCCCACCCCCGGCUGGAGUUCGUGCGGGGGCGGCUGCUGGGCCGGCAGGACGGGGUGGCCACCGUGGCUACCGAGCUGGGCGAGACGGUGACGGUGAAGGAGAGCGACGUCCACCAGCAGAACCCCCCCAAGUUCGACAAGAUUGAGGACAUGGCCAUGCUGACCUUCCUCCACGAGCCCGCCGUCCUCUUCAACCUGAAGGAGCGCUAUGCCGCCUGGAUGAUCUACACCUACUCGGGGCUCUUCUGCGUCACCGUCAACCCCUACAAGUGGUUGCCUGUCUACGACGCCGAGGUGGUGGCCGCCUACCGGGGCAAGAAGAGGAGCGAAGCUCCACCCCACAUCUUCUCCAUCUCCGACAACGCCUACCAGAACAUGCUGACGGACCGCGAGAACCAGUCCAUCCUCAUCACCGGAGAAUCCGGGGCGGGGAAGACGGUCAACACCAAGAGGGUCAUCCAGUACUUUGCCAGCAUCGCCGCCAUCGGCGACCGCAAGAAGGAGGCAGCCAAUAGCAGCAAGGGUACCCUGGAGGACCAAAUCAUCCAGGCCAACCCUGCCCUGGAGGCCUUUGGCAACGCCAAGACCGUCCGCAACGACAACUCCUCCCGCUUUGGGAAGUUCAUCCGGAUCCACUUUGGGGCCACCGGGAAGUUGGCGUCGGCCGACAUCGAGACCUACCUCCUGGAGAAGUCCCGCGUCAUUUUCCAGCUGAAGGCUGAGCGCAACUACCACAUCUUCUACCAGAUUCUUUCCAACAAGAAGCCGGAGCUUCUGGAGAUGCUCCUCAUCACUAGCAACCCCUACGACUACAGCUACGUUUCCCAAGGAGAAGUGACGGUGGCUUCCAUUGAUGACGCCGAGGAGUUGCUGGCCACCGACAGCGCUUUUGACGUCCUGGGCUUCACUGCCGAGGAGAAGGCCGGCGUCUACAAGCUGACGGGCGCCAUCAUGCACUUUGGCAACAUGAAGUUCAAGCAGAAGCAACGGGAGGAGCAGGCGGAGCCGGACGGCACCGAAGAUGCCGACAAGUCGGCCUACCUGAUGGGGCUGAACUCGGCCGAUCUUCUCAAGGGGUUGUGCCACCCCCGGGUGAAGGUGGGCAACGAGUAUGUCACCAAGGGGCAGAAUGUCCAGCAGGUGUACUACUCCAUCGGGGCCUUGGCCAAGUCCGUCUACGAGAAGAUGUUCAACUGGAUGGUGGUGAGGAUCAACAACUCGCUGGAGACUAAGCAGCCCCGGCAGUACUUCAUCGGCGUCCUGGAUAUUGCCGGCUUUGAGAUCUUCGACUUCAACAGCUUUGAGCAGCUCUGCAUCAACUUCACUAACGAGAAGCUGCAGCAGUUCUUCAACCACCACAUGUUCGUGCUGGAGCAGGAGGAGUACAAGAAGGAGGGCAUCGAGUGGGAGUUCAUCGACUUUGGCAUGGACCUCCAGGCCUGCAUUGACCUCAUCGAGAAGGUACCACCCAUGGGGAUCAUGUCCAUCCUGGAGGAGGAGUGUAUGUUCCCCAAGGCCUCGGACAUGACCUUCAAGGCCAAACUCUACGACAACCACCUGGGCAAGUCGGCCAACUUCGGGAAACCCCGGAACAUCAAGGGGAAGGCGGAAGCCCACUUCUCCCUGGUGCACUACGCCGGCACGGUGGACUACAACAUCCUUGGCUGGUUGGAGAAGAACAAGGACCCCCUCAAUGAGACGGUGGUGGGGCUGUACCAGAAAUCCGCCCUCAAGCUCUUGGCCAACCUCUUCUCCAACUACGCCGGGGCUGACGCUGGGGGUGAUGGUGGGAAGGGCAAAGGCGCCAAGAAGAAAGGUUCCUCCUUCCAGACCGUCUCUGCCCUGCACCGGGAGAACCUCAACAAGCUGAUGGCUAACCUCAAGACCACCCACCCCCACUUUGUCCGCUGCCUCAUCCCCAACGAGCGGAAGGAGCCGGGCGUGAUGGACAACCCCCUGGUGAUGCACCAGCUCCGCUGCAACGGGGUGCUGGAGGGCAUCCGCAUCUGCCGCAAGGGCUUCCCCAACCGCAUUCUCUAUGGGGACUUCCGCCAGCGGUACCGCAUCCUGAACCCUGCCGCCAUCCCCGAGGGGCAGUUCAUCGACAGCCGCAAGGGUGCCGAGAAGCUGCUGGGCUCCAUCGACGUCGACCACAACCAGUACAAGUUCGGGCACACCAAGGUCUUCUUCAAGGCGGGGCUGCUGGGGCUGCUGGAGGAGAUGCGGGACGAGCGACUCUCCCGCAUCAUCACCCGCAUCCAGGCCCAGGCCCGGGGGCAGCUCAUGCGCAUCGAGUUCAAGAAGAUCCUGGAGCGUCGAGACGCGCUCUUGGUGAUCCAGUGGAACAUCCGGGCCUUCAUGGGCGUGAAGAACUGGCCGUGGAUGAAGCUCUACUUCAAGAUCAAGCCCUUGUUGAAGAGCGCCGAGACGGAGAAGGAGAUGCAGAACAUGAAGGAGGAGUACGGGCGGCUGAAGGAGGCGCUGGAGAAGUCGGAGGCCCGGCGGAAGGAGCUGGAGGAGAAGAUGGUCUCCCUGCUGCAGGAGAAGAACGACCUUCAGCUUCAAGUGCAGGCUGAGCAGGACAACCUGACGGACGCCGAGGAGCGCUGCGACCAGCUGAUCAAGAACAAGAUCCAGUUGGAGGCCAAGGUGAAGGAGCUGACGGAGCGGCUGGAGGACGAGGAGGAGAUGAACGCUGAGCUGACGGCCAAGAAGAGGAAGCUGGAGGACGAGUGCUCAGAGCUGAAGAAGGACAUCGACGACCUGGAGCUGACUCUGGCCAAAGUGGAGAAGGAGAAACACGCCACCGAGAACAAGGUGAAGAACCUGACAGAGGAGAUGGCCGGGCUGGACGAGACCAUCGCCAAGCUGACCAAGGAGAAGAAAGCCCUGCAGGAAGCUCACCAGCAAGCGCUGGAUGACCUGCAAGCGGAGGAAGACAAGGUCAACAUCUUGACCAAGGCCAAAGUCAAGCUGGAACAGCAGGCGGACGAUCUUGAAGGCUCCCUGGAGCAGGAGAAGAAGAUCCGCAUGGACCUGGAACGGGCCAAGAGGAAGCUGGAAGGCGACUUGAAGCUGACCCAGGAGAACAUCAUGGACCUGGAGAAUGACAAGCAGCAGCUAGAGGAGAAGCUGAAGAAGAAGGAGUUUGAGAUCCACCAGCAGAACAGCAAGAUCGAGGAUGAGCAGGCACUGGCCCUGCAGCUCCAGAAGAAGCUGAAGGAGCUGCAGGCGCGCAUUGAGGAGCUGGAGGAGGAGCUGGAGGCAGAGCGGACGGGCCGGGCCAAGGUGGAGAAGCUGCGCUCGGAGCUGUCGCGGGAGCUGGAGGAGAUCAGCGAGCGGCUGGAGGAGGCUGGGGGGGCCACCUCGGUGCAGCUGGAGCUCAACAAGAAGCGGGAGGCAGAGUUCCAGAAGAUGCGUCGGGACCUGGAGGAGGCCACGCUGCAGCACGAGGCCACGGCGGCCGCGCUGCGCAAGAAGCACGCCGACAGCGUGGCCGAGCUGGGCGAGCAGAUCGACAACCUGCAGCGCGUCAAGCAGAAGCUGGAGAAGGAGAAGAGCGAGCUCAAGCUGGAGCUGGACGACCUCAGCGCCAAUAUGGAGCAGCUGCUCAAGGCCAAGGUGGGGAUAGAGAAGGUCUCCCGCACCAUGGAGGACCAGGCAGCCGAGCACCGGGCCAAGCUGGAGGAGACGCAACGAGUCCUCAAUGACACCAGCACCCAGCGGGCCAAGCUGCAGACCGAGAACGGAGAGCUGUCCCGCCAGCUGGAGGAGAAGGAGGCCCUCAUUUCCCAGCUGACCAGGGGCAAGCAGUCCUACACCCAGCAGCUGGAGGACCUGAAGAGGCAGCUGGAGGAGGAGAUGAAGGCCAAGAACGCGCUGGCGCACGCCCUGCAGUCGGCCCGGCACGACUGCGACCUGCUGCGGGAGCAGUAUGAGGAGGAGACGGAGGCCAAGGCCGAGCUCCAGCGCUCCCUCUCCAAGGCCAACUCCGAGGUGGCGCAGUGGAGGACCAAGUACGAGACGGACGCCAUCCAGCGCACUGAGGAGCUGGAGGAGGCCAAGAAGAAGCUGGCCCAGAGGUUGCAGGAC